AUGGUCAUUCCUUUGCUUCAUUUCUACCUACUCCUGCAAUCUUUGUUUACAUUAGGGGAAAUGUCUCACCUGAACUGUUCUGAAUACUGGAAGCCCAGCACCUACAUGAAGGCUGACAUAAUCCUAGGUGCAUUUAUCCCAAUUUAUACCACAUUACAUCAACCUGAAGAACCUACAUGGAUAAAUUUUGAUAGCAAACCGGGAAUAUUAUUUGAAUGGAUUUUAGAUAAAUUGAAGAACUACCAAUAUAUGCUGACCUUUUACUUUGCCAUUGAGGAGAUCAAUAAAGAUUCUCACCUGCUUCCCAAUGUGACCUUGGGUUUCCACAUCUACAACACCCUAGACUCUCACCAACGAACCUUAGAGGGCCCUCUGAUGUGGCUGUCUGGAAGCAGUGAGUUUAUUGUGAACUACAAAUUCAAAACUCAAUACAAUGCUCUUGGAAUCAUUGCAGGAAUCAGGCCUGAAUUUUCUGCUGCAAUUGAAACCCUUCUGGGGCUGUACAAAAUCCCACACGUCACAUACGGAAUGUUUGAUUCUGUGCUAAGUGACAAAGAUACAUUCCCAUUCCUUUACCAGAUGUCACAUAAAGACACAGCUCUAACCCAAGGGGUGAUCUCGAUAUUGUUGCACUUUGGCUGGAAGUGGGUGGGUAUCUUUGUGUCUGAUGAUCUGAAAGGCAAGGAAUUCCUCUCAAACUUGGAAGCAGAGAUGGCAUCAGAAGAUAUUUGUGUGGCCUUUACAGAAAAACUUCAGAGGAAUUGGAUUAUUUAUUUUGUGCCGCAGGUUGAGUUUAAUUUUUAUGAAGAUACACAAGCAAAUGUGCAUAUAUUCUAUGGUGAUAUAGAUGUUGUACUGCAUUUCCUUAUGAUAAAUGUAAAGAAGGAAACCAGAAGAAUUAUAUGGAUCAUGGUAAAGUCUCCAUUAGUUGAUUUAGAGUUUAUAUUUUAUGGACAGAGUUAUUUGAAUUUUUUUGAAGGAAGUUUCUUCUUUUCAAAGAAUAGACAAAUCCCAGGCUUCAGGCACUUUCUAGAUACACUUACACCUUCCCAGUACACAGGUGAUCUUUACCUUCAAAAAUUCUGGAUUGACACUUUUUAUUGUUCACCUCCUUCUUUGAUGUGUGGAAAUCAUAAACCCUGCCCAAUGAAUAUAUCCCUAAAGACUAUACAAGAAAACAAUAUUGUGAUGACCACUUCUGAUUAUAGCUUUUCCAUAUGGAAUGCAGUGUAUGCAGUGGCUCAUGCUCUCCAUAAAAUGCUUUUGGAAAAAACAGAAAUAGCACCUCACAAAGACACAAAGCAGGACUGGCUUCUACCUUGGCAGCUUCAUCCAUUUCUGAGGAAAAUCAAGUUUACAAACACUGCUGGAGACCAAAUAUGCUUUGAUGAGAGCAAGAAUCAUAUGGAAAAGUAUGCUAUACAAAACAUUAUGAGAAAUACUAAUCAUUAUUCAUUUAUAGUUAAAGUAGGAGAGUUUGUCUCCAAGAGUCCACAGGAUCAAGGCUUGUUCAUCAAUGAAGUUCUGAUCAAAUGGCCAAGUGACUUCAAUCAGGCUCCUCAAUCCGUAUGUACACAGAGCUGUGGUCCAGGUUUCUGGAAAAUUCAAGAAGAAGGAAGACCAAUAUGUUGUUUUUCUUGUGUGUUUUGUCCAGAGAGACACAUUUCCAACCAGACAGAUCAAAAGGAGUGUGUCCUUUGCCCAAUUCAAGAGUAUCCAAACCCUGAGAGAAACAAAUGCCUACAAAAGUCAGUGACAUUCCUGUCCUUUGAUGAUUCUCUGGGCAUGGCUCUGGCCUGCACAGCUCUGUGCUUGUCUGUCAGCACAGCUGUAGUUUUUGGAAUCUUUCUCAAGCACCAAGACUCUCCCAUUGUUAAAGCCAAUAAUCGGACUCUCAGCUUCAUCCUGCUCAUCUCCCUCCUCCUCUGCUUCCUGUGUCCAUUUCUCUUCAUUGGCCAGCCAAACACAGCCUCCUGCAUAUUGCAACAAAUUACAUUUGCUCUGGUGUUCACUCUGGCUCUUUCCACUGUUUUGGCUAAAACUAUAACGGUAAUUCUGGCCUUUAGAAUUAUGACACCAGGAAGAACAAUGAGAAGGCUCUUUGUCUCAGGCAUCUAUAACUCUGUCAUCCCCAUAUGUAUCUUGAUCCAACUUAUUCUCCUUGGAUUCUGGCUGGGUACUUCUCCUCCCUAUGUUGAAGAAGAUGCACACUCUGAACAUGAUCACAUCAUCAUAUUGUGCAACAAGGGCUCAGUCACUGCUUUCUACUGUGUGCUGGCAUAUUUAGGGACCCUGGCCUUAGGAAGCUUCACUGUGGCUUUCCUGGCAAGGAACCUGCCUGACACCUUCAAUGAAGCCAAGUUACUGACAUUCAGCAUGCUGGUGUUCUGCAGUGUCUGGGUCACCUUUCUACCUGUCUACCACAGCACCAAGAACAAAGUCAUGGUGGCUGUGGAGGUCUUUUCCAUUUUAGCAUCUACUGCAGGGCUGCUUGGGUGCAUCUUUUUCCCAAAGUGCUACAUAAUACUUCGAAGGCCUGAUAAGAAACAUUUGAAAUGUUUUAAAAAACAAAACACA